CUGACCUCCAACGCCAUGUUGUUCCUCCUACGCAUGCGCGUAGAAGAGGUCGACUUGAAGAAGUUUUUUUUUUCUUUAAUAAAAGACAGCAAAAUGCCAUCGGACUAUGAUAAAGAUGCGUACCCAGAGCCUCCCCGCCAGACUCCCAUCGUGGACAAGCAGACGACCCUUCCCAACCCAGCCCUGAUUUUGACUAAACUCUUCUAUUAUUCCGUGGACCUCCCUGUCACCACAUUCAGAGAACUUGUGGAGGGUAUCCACUCCGGCAACAAGUACAACUACUACCACCAGAAGUUCCGCCGUGUCCCCGAGCUGACCGAGUGCACAGAGGGAGACUACACCUGUUACUAUGAGGCUGAGAUGCAGUGGAGGAGAGAUCAUAAGGUGGACCAGGAGAUCGUGAAGGUGGUCCAGGAGCGUCUGAGGGCCUGCCAGCAGAGGGAGGGUACCAGCUACCACCAGAACUGUUCCAAGGAGCUGCAGCAGUUUGCAGACGUGGCCAAGGCCUACCAGUCACGCUAUGGGGAUCUGGGAGCCUACGCCAGCUCAAGGAAAUGUCUGAUGAAGCAGAAAGACAGGAUGAUGGCAGCCGAGGCAAAAGCUUAAACAAUAUAACCCCUAAUCACUCUAUUCCAAGUCUCUCUCCUAUGUAUGAAAUGUAGAGUAAAUAUGUUUAUUGGGAAAAA